GUUUGUGUACCGGAUCAUUGUGCCAAACUUCUUACUUAUCCUCAGCGUGUAACGAAUCAAAAUCUCGAAGAAAUGCAGCGUCUGGUUCUCAACGGUCCAAAUAAACAUCCAGGUGCACUCUUCGUUUCGUACAAGCUUCGGGGACAGCAACAGGCUGAGUCUUCAUCCAACACAGAUCAAGGAAGUGGAUCGUCUACGGGGGUGAUGAAACGCUUUCUUGGAGCCUCUAAGACGUGA